UCCAGCCCAUGAGAGAACAUGAAUCCACUUCGUGAAACAGAGGGUAAAGGGAAAAGAUCGGCCCUCAUUUCCCCACCACAUAUGCUCAGAGUGACUGCCCAAAGGGUUUGCACAUUUUUCCAUGACAAGGGGGAAACAGGUGCACAGCUUUGCAGUUGCCCGGCAGCUACUUUGAAGUGGCAGCUCCACCUCCUUUGCCUUAUUUACAGGGAGACCAUAUGCUAGAUCUAAAAGGAGCAACCAUUCAAAAAAUGACCCUGCUGCUGGAGGGGAGUUGAGAGAGAGCAGCGGCUGAUGUGAACCAGAGCAAUGUGGCAGCUGCUGUGCAUAAAAGUGAUGGGGCCGAGGGGCUGCAGGGCUCAGCAUGAAGUCGAGCGGGGGUGCUGCAUCCGACCCAGAAGAGCUGGAGAGUGGCAGCAGCGAGAGCAGCUCUGGGAAAUCCCUGCCUUCCACUGGUGCCCAAGGCAAACGCAAACGCAAGAGUCCUCGGCUGAGUGGCCUGAGCAGGCAGAGGCAAGCUGCCAACGCCCGGGAGAGGGACCGGACCCACAGUGUGAAUACUGCUUUCACUGCGCUCCGCACACUCAUCCCAACCGAGCCGGCAGAUCGCAAGCUGUCCAAGAUAGAGACCUUGCGCCUGGCCUCAAGCUACAUCUCACACCUGGCUAACAUGCUGUUUUUACAACAGCAUCAACAACAAACACAAAGUGGGAGCUUGGGAGAGGAGCCUAUGCAGCCCUGUCUGGAAUAUCAGGCUGUCCUGCAGGGCGGAAGCACUACAGCAACGCCCCGGCCCAUCUGCACCUUCUGUCUGAGCAGCCAGAGGAAACAGCCGACUUAUUCGAGGGGCUUUUCGCGGAUGAAACUGAACACGGUGGGGAAAGUUGCACCUGGUGUGACAGCUAUUUUCGGGUGAGAAAUGCUAAAGCUAAGCAGCCAAGCCCUGACACUGAUGCCUCCUAAAACUAAGGCACAUGAUGGAACUUGAGCUUUCAAACACUCUGUGUCUCCUCUUCCUUCAAGGCUCUCAUAAUGCACCAGACUCAGAGCCUUGAACCACAACUGGACAGAUGGAGCAAUGUUGUGCUUCUCUUCUCUUUUUCUUCUUCUUCAGUCAAGGGCUUAUUUGCCUCUCAAAGCAAAUGCAUAACUUUCUUCUGAAAGCAGGUAUUAACGGUUUGCAGGAACUUCAGAUGCUACAAUACCAUCCCAGUUUAGCUGCCCAUACAGAAAGAAAGGUGCUCAUGUAUACCUUAAAAAAAUAGAAAAACCAUGUGCCCCCUUCAUAAAGUCCAAAGUGAAAUAGUAACUGUAUAGUUAUCCAGGUGUUUAACACAUCUUGUUAUGUGUGUGUGUGUGUGUGUAUACAAUAGAGUCUCACUUAUCCAAUACUCACUUAUCCAACUCAUUUUUGUAGUCAGUGUUUUCAAUACAUCGUGAUAUUUUGGUGCUAAAUUCAUAAAUACAGUAAUUACUACAUAGCAUUACUGUGUAUUGAACUACUUUUUCUGUCAAAUUUGUUGUAUAACAUGAUGUUUUGGUGCUUAAUUUGUAAAAUCAUAACCUAAUUUAAUGUUUAAUAGGCUUUUCCUUAACCCCUCCUUAUUAUCCAACAUAUUAGCUUAUCUAAUGUUCUGCCGGCCCGUUUACGUUGGAUAAGAGAGACGCUACUGUAUAUAUGUGUGUGUGUGUAUAUAUAUACACACACACACACACACACACACACACACACUGUUUCCCCCAAAAUAAGACCUACCCCGAAAAUAAGACCAAUCAUGAUUUUUCAGCAUUUCUGAGGAUGCUCAAAAUAUAAGUUCCUAUUUCAAAAAUAGGUCCUAGAUAUAGUUCAUUUAAAAAUUAAAUUUGGAAAAAUAAGACUGCCUCUGAAAACAAGCUUUAAAGCAUCUUAUGGAGCAAAAAUUAAUAUAAGACCCUGUCUUAUUUUGUGGAAACCAAAUACACACACACACACAUAUAUAUAUAGGAUAGAGAAAGGUUCAUUGAUUCAGGACUGUAUUUACUCCAGUUCUCUCCAUGAAAUUUACAUUUGGAUCAAGGGAGGUUGCAACUUAUGUUCUUUCGGGAUGUGUGUAUGGGUGUGUGUUUCAUUGGCAGCACAGAGAAAACAGUGUCAACUCUCCUUCCUUUUGUAUGCACAAAUGAUGGACUAAUAUUAAUUGCUUGUAUUUUGAAUGUUAAAACAAGACAUGUGAAAUGUACAUUUAACAGGCCAUCUGAUUUGGCCCCUAUACAGUACUCUAUGGGAGAUUUUUGGAAUACAGUGAAUUAUGACAAUUUCCCAAUUUAAGCCAAAGUCAUGCCAUUAUAGUGAAUUUCCAAUGAUGAAAGUUAGGCCCUGGAGCUGCCAAGCAUGAAAUAUUUCAGGUAAUUUUUUUUGCCAUUGUGAAUGCAGAUAGCCACAUGAGAAACAAAGGGGAUAAUCCUAUUAAGCAGUGAAGGAAAUAUAAUUACUUUUUGCCAUUCACCGUCAUCUGUGAACAGAGCCUAGGUCUGCAUGUCAAGUUGGCCAUAGAUGCCCGAAGACUAAUUUCUCACUCUUUUAAACCAUGAUUUCUAUGCUAAUUCCUUGUUUCUCAGGGGUCUUGCAUAAUUAGAUUCUCAGCCUACAUAGCCCAAUGCCAUUAACAGAUGGAGAACUGGCCUUCUGUUGGCCCUGGCUCCCAUGGUGGGUUCUGACAUAUUCAGUGUUCAAUAUUUACACAGAGACCCUAUUUCCCACAGUCAUAUAACAGUUAAGUCCCAGAGAUAUGAAUAUUAAAAAGAGGUCCAAAGAGCUGAGAACAUACUUUGAGGUUAUCUUUUAAAUACACAUGCGGAAGAAACAAGUGCAUCAAAAGUGGCAGUGCUAUAGACAUUUCACUGGUUGCUUCCUCACUCUGCUUCCUUUCAGUCAUUUCCCCUGAUACUCGAGAUGGUGGCAAGUGUAAGCCAUUUCCAUAUCGAGAAACAACAGAAUAGGAAAUAGUGGCACCUGUG